UGGACCUCAUUUGCUUUCCUUUUAUUUCCUCGGCCGUGACCUUUCAAGCACUUCGGUCGUAUGUGCUACCACGAUAAAACACGGAAAUUAGUCAGUCACUCACUACGACACCUAAAGGUGCCAUUAAUGUUUUUUUUAUGUUUUUAUGUUUACGAGUAGCGAAGGGAUUUCUUCAGAUAUUGUAUAUAUUGCGGUCUGAUUGCUAUUGACACUCAGCGUUAAUAAUAGCGGGGUGGGACGGCAAGAACACCUUUCCUACAGGAAGAAAUACAGCAAAUCAUGAGUGACGAGGUCGACGAAGACGUUGUAUUUGAGGGAAGUCCAAUCUUCAAACACUUACAAGAGAUAGGCUAUACGGAUUUUGAAGCGGAAGCGUCCAGGUCAAACAGUUUAGCAGAGUUUUCAGAAGAAGCCCCAAACAUAAAGAAGUCAUUUUUUGGCUCAUUUGGGGCAGCUCUAAGGCUUCUGUGCAGCUCAGUCACCAAAACAAACAAAACGAAGGAAAGAUUGAAAAGAGAAAUCAUUCGUUGCGUAGCAGAUAGUAAACUGAUUAACUACAGCGAUCAGCUGCUUUUGGAGCACUUCCUGCCAGAAGGCAAAUGUAUCCUGGAUCAUGAUAGCCAUAAUGUACCCAGCUUCUCCAAGUGGCCUCAAAGUUUAGCAAGCAUUGCAGCUGUAGGGUGUAUUCCAAUUGGAUUGGUGAUAUCAAACAGUCUUUUACUCUUCUGUUCUUCUAUAGCCAUUUGGAGUUCAGUGUUUGCCCUCAGUUCACCCAUAGUAUGGUGCCUUUUGCAAGAUUUGCAGUCCCUUUUUCAAGUAUGCUGUAGGACAGAUAGGCUAAAAGAAUUGAUUGCUGUACUACAGGAAGCUUGCCAGAUAUCCUCGAAGUCUCUACGCCUUUUACAAGAAGUGGACCUAAUAUCACGAGGAUUUGUGUUGGCCCAAGGAUCAAGUGCCUUUAAAAAUGAUGAGGCUAGUGAAUCUCCACCAUGCACCAGCUUGCGCCAUGCCCUUGAGGGCAUGUUGGGUACUCUAUCAAGACUGCUCUGUGAACUUCACACACAGCUAGCACCAAGAGCAAAGAAUUAUCCUAUUUUGGUGGGACUCUUUAGUGACCAAGAAAGGUUGGACUUACAGGCAUAUGAUAAAAACCCAAAAUACCAUUUGAAGCACCUUAAGGAGGCAGCAAAUUUGGCAAAACUUCAGACUUCAACAAUUUUGACAGAAUUGAUAUUGAUUAUUGAGAAUCCUACACAAAUGGAGAUUUUUGAGAAAGACCUUAUUUCAGUCAGACAGUUAAUGCAAGUAAAACAAUCUGUGAAUGACCUCUCAAACCAUUUAGAAUAUACCAGGGUGUAUUGGCUUCAUAGCAGAAAUGAGGAAGAGAAACGUCAGACUUCAGAAAACAAAAAAAAUUGUGUAUAUCUUGCUCUUCACAGUCUAAGUUUACACAUGCAUGCAUUUUUAUAUAAAGUACAGAAUUUAGAAAAUAAAUUUCAAAUUGAGGAUGAUGAAACAGCCUGUAUAACAGAAUUACAAAAGGAUGACCUAGACUCUCUACCACCAUAUGAGGAUGUCAAACAGCAGUUGCAGUUGAUUAAAGCCGAGCUGGAUUCUUGUCAGGGUUGUUGGGAAGAAGCAGUUGCACGAGUAGAUCAAAAAUAUUGUGUAAAAUCUGAGGAUGCACUUGAUAAAAUUUCUGGUUAUAUAUUUGAUAAAAACACCAGUGAAUCUCAAGUAUUGGAAACAAAGAAAAUUCCCAUUGUACUGAGUGAAAUAGAUGAACCAGUUGCAGAAGAUGAGGUAUUUGAAGCCUUCAUAGAAGAAGAAUAUUCAGCAAAACUAGAUAAGGCUGAGUAUGAUGAUAGCAUUUGGAGUGCAGAUGCAAAGAAAAGGAAACAUGAAAUGAAGCAUCAAAGGAAGCAAGGGAAAUUAGUGCUAAAUGAGCUUCAGCCCAUUUUGAAGCAAAGGAGAGAGAUGUGGGAGAAAAGAGAAAUAGCAGUUUUAAAAAGAAAGCAGGACUCCUGCUUAGCAGAUACUGUGGCGACUAAUGAGAUGGAACCUUCCAGCGAAAAGGACGAUGUGAAAAAAGAACAUAAGGAAUUGCCAGAGUCUACCGGUCAAAUAAGAGUGCAGUCAAGUACCAAAGGGAAUGGCAAUUUCCUCGAGAUCACAGAGAAAGAACAUGGCAAGCACUGGCUGGGAACGGAUACUGAACCUGAAGUGGACAGUGAUGAAGAAAGACUUAAAGUAUAUAAGAGAGUGAAACAAGAACUUGAUGAAUAUGAAGCAUCCUGGCCAAGUGAGAGAGCGACGCCAGUCUCCUCAGACCAAGCAGGGAACGUAGAACUAGAAUUAGGCAAAUGUUUUGAAACAAAUACAUCAGAACUGCCAAACAAGUGUGUGAUGGUAGCAGAUGAGAAAGAGGUUAUACAUGAAAAUACUGUGGAAAAUAGUGAAUGUGUAGAUAUAAAUUGGAGUGCCUCUCAGCUACCAUCGCGUCACUUGGAAACCCUAGAUGAGCGAAUUCAUUUCAUGUCUGGCGCACAGCAGUUCGGCAUGCAUGCGGGGAUCGCAGCAGAGGCUCAGGAAUUUUCCAAGAAAUUUAGAUUGGCUGCCAUUAACCCGAUAGCAACUUUUGGCGGAGAAGGCGAAUGCGAGGCAUACGGUGAUGAUGAUUCUGAUGAUUCAGAAUGAAGAAAUGUGAAUCUUACUUUAACUGCUCCUGUGUGUGUGGGGGGGGGGGGGUUGAGUGAGUGAGUGAGUGAGUGU